AUGUCAAGCAUUCGAAGGGAAAAAUAUAAUGGAAAAGAACCUACACGGUCGGACAUUCUGUGGGAACAAGCAGUAGCUGACCCUGAGAAAUUUGAGUUUUUCACACUUGUGGAGAAAGAAUGUGAGGAAGAUUUUAUCCUGCUCGGAAUGAGAAUUGUCAGCAUUCCACAAUACCUGGACGUCAAAAAUCCGGCCAUGAAAAUAUGCCCGAUGUGUAAGUUAGUGAACAAGUGUCAGUGCAAGGGACCGCGAGAGGUGGACCAGAAGACCAUGGACGUAUUCAACAAAAUGGGGCUUUUUGAUCGGCUAAUGAUCCUCGAUGCAAAAGGUCUAGAGAACAUGAUAUAUUACGAAGAUGAAAUUGGCCUGGAUGAGCUAGAUUUGCACUCUUUGAAUAGGACACAAGAGCGUACAGGUUUGACCGGACCUGAUAAAAAGAAAACUCCUCUUUUUACUGAAGAUGAUGAAGACAGCUGGAGAGAGCAGGUUAAAGUUGUUCAGCCAAAUUACACUGUGAAAUUUGGAGAAUACAUGACUUUGGACAGAUAUUCGCAACUGUACAAAACAAAUGGAGCCCGGUACUUUGGUGAACAUCUGGAAACCAGCGAGCAACAAACUCUCAAAGAACUGGACAGUGAAAUGGACGAAUACAAGAACAAAUUUGGACAGAUUUCAUCGAACAAGUUAACUGUUGCCUCAGAUAACCAAAAUCAGAAUAAGGAAGCAAAUGUUGCCUGGACAGAAUCAACUUCCCCACAAUCAGCGUUUAAGAAAGUGCACAGUGUUACCGUGGGGCUGAAAGAGGCAAGUGCCUUCCUUACGGACAACACCAUGUUCAUUGUAGAUCGGCUAGCUGAACCGCUGCGGGAGAUAGAUCAUAAUGAGUUGGUCCGUAAGGUGCGCAAUAGCAAGGACCCAGGUACAUCGUUGAAUAAGAAGUUCAAGAACCAGGAAUACACAGUGAGCUCACUGCCAAUUCUGAUGUUUGAGGACAGCCCCAAACCUGAGCAUGUCUGGGCAGACAUUGGUGUCAUAGGAACAAAGUCUUUCCUUUUUACCCAUCGCGCCUGCCCUGGACCAACUUGUGACGCACAUCGUCCCAGGGGCACUAGAGCUCGCAGAAUAGAAGAAAACCCGGACUGUGAGUUCUGUACACGGCGGGUCAGAACAGAAAAAAUCAUUCAUCAGCUGUUACGGCAUGGUCUGGAUCCGGAUUUAGCCAGACACAUGUCAGUUUCCAUGAUGGAAGCAGAGGAAAGAGACAUGGAUCGAUUUAGUCGUCUGAACAGAAACAACAAGGGCAAUAAAAAAAGGGGGAAACGGUCAAAUUCUCCUCCAACACCAGCUCCCAGUGACACAAAAUGUCCGUCUCCACCAAGUAAGGAAGAUUUAAUGAAGUUUCAGGAACUUCUUGCAGAUUUACAUAGGCUUCGUGUGGAUGAAGCUAAAAAGAAGAGGAUGGAAGAAAUUGCUUUAGAGAGAGCCCAGAGGAAAGCUCUGGAAGCGGCUGCUAUGGAUGAAGGGACGGUGUUUCUAAGGGAGUCAUUUGUGAAUGGGCAGCUUGUCGUGGAGAAAAUGGACAUGAAAGCAGAGCUAGGACUGUACGAUGAUGAUAGAAUAGACGAGAAGGAAGAAACAGGGAAAGCAGUUGAGAAUGGGAAGGGUAGACAGGAGGAAGUGGACAAGAAUGGUAAGAUUUUGCCAGGAGAGAAGAAGAAGAAGCGAAAGAAGGCAGCUCAGAAGGGGAUUAUUGUUGGAGACAGUCCUAGCUUCAAGCAGUGUGGGAAAUGUGGCAAGAUGGAACAGAAAAAGAAGCAAUUUCAGAAAUGCAAAAAGUGUGUGGAUGAAGGGGUGAUGGAAGUGAGGUAUUACUGCUCCAAGGAAUGCCAAGUUGAGGACUGGAUGCUAAGACACAAGGUGGAGCACAGUGAUGGACUUCUGGGAUAGAUAUUUACCUUCACUCAAGGUCAGCUGGUUACCAUAGCAACAGUAACCAUAGUUACAGUUCUGAGAGUGGGACAACAGCCGAAUGAUGUUAUCCAGAAGUCACAGAAACCAAACGUGGUUUAUUUUAUGGAACUAGAACUUUUCUUUAUUUCAUAAAAUAUGACAGUUAUAAUUGUAAAUAUGAUAUUAAUAAUUGUUUAUUGUUUACUUUUGAACUACAGUCCAAAAGCGAUGCGACAAAUUGGAAUACAACAAAAUGACAGGACAUUUUGAAUAAAUUGCAUCUGAAUUCCCUAAAUAUUUAACUACAACAAGAUGUAAUUUAACAAUAGCAUAAAAAGUUGGGAUUCUAUAAUGUUUAAUUUCAUCCCUUUGUUAAAUUGCAAAUUUAUGAUAUUUCUUGAUGUUACGGAUGGGUUUGCCUUCUUGAAUUUUCUCAUCCUGUUGUGAAGAUGUUCACACUUAACCUAAUCGUGGAUUUGUUAAACAGUAAUACAUGUAUCUUAUGGUCGUCGGUCAUUCAGGGUUUCCCUAAGGCCAUGAUGGCAUGUUGCUUCCAAAAUCCCUUGUAAAUCAGGGUAGGAUGACUAUUAUUUUCCAGAAGUGUCAUAAGUGUAAAGCAAUAAACCUGAAGGAAGACCCCAAUCUGCACAUGGAUGGCUCCCUUGUUUAAUAAUAAUGGAUUAGAUGAGGGUUAAUGGAUUGUCAAAGAUAAUUGGUUUCAAUUCCAGGUUGCAACUGAGACAAUUAAGCCAAACAAAGUCAAGUCUCUGUUUAGCAUCUGCGGGCGGUAGGUUGUCUGAUGGGUGACUGUAAAGACAAAAACAUUUCGAAAAUGUGAAAAAUAAAGUUAUAAAAAGUUAAGCUAAGUAGGACCAUGUUAUAUCUGUAUAAUAAACUAUUAACAAACUGUUGACUGCAGAUAUAACCAUAGUAGAAACAUUAAAUGUCUGUAUAUUUGUAGAUGGAUGUAUAUGUUGAUUUAAAUUUAACAAGUAAUAAAACGAUACAUAAAAAAAACUAAUUGUAUGUAAGUUUUAUUUGUUCACAGUUAAUAAUCCAAUCAAAACAUUUUGAAAGUAAAAAUGCUUCAUGACUUCUGAGUAGCUAUGUUACAAAUAACUUAAGCAAUCAUUCAAAAUAUGAAAGACACAAUACUAUAAAAGAUGCAACUUUAGGAACAAUUUUAAAUCUCCCUUGUAUCACGUUUUGACUGUAAAUGCAUUAAUCGUAGGCCUAUCAAUGUAUAACAUAUGAUUAAAUGAAUAAAUCAGAUUUGUUUGCACACAAUUUUGACAAUUUGAAUUUUCUUUAUUGCUGGUAUUUCAAUAUUUAUAGGUUAUUUGUAUGAUGAUAUUUAAACUUUAAAGCAUUGCACUGUAGCCCAUGAUAUAUGUUUUAUAAAUGUUUAUAUUAUUGUUUCUUAUGGUAAAGGGUUUACUUUUUAUGUCCCCCACCACUAUAGUGGGGGACAAAUUGUUUUUGUUCUGUCUGUUUGUUUGUUUGUUUGUUUGCGCCAACUUUAACAUUUGCAAUAACUUUUGCAGUAUUGAAGAUAGCAACUUGAUAUUUGGCAUUCAUGUGUAUCUAAUGGAGCUGCACAUUUUGAGUGGUGAAGGGUCAAGGUAAUUCUUCAAGGUCAAAGAUUAAAUAUAUAGCUUCAAAGCACCGCAAAAGCAUGUUUUCUCAUGUUUAUUAUUCGUUUGUUCUUGAACCAUAAGCAUGUAUUUAAUGUUUGAUCAAUUAAGCUUAAUGCAGCAGUAUUUUUGCCAAUAUGUUUGUAUACAUGUAUUGAAAUUGCACUUAACAUUGUAAUCAUUAUGAUAUUGUUUUUAAGUUCAUCAUGUACUUCUUAUUGGUUUAUUGCUCAGAAAAUACUUAUCUUAUUUCAGUAAUACACGUACAUAAGCAAACUUAUUUAUUACGAAAAGUUGUUCAUUAGUGACACUUGCUUAUAACGACAUCCUGUGUUAUAGAAAUUGUUUCUGUCAUUUAUCUUAGCUUUAUAAAGUCCUAGAUAUUUACAUUAAUUGUGAAUUAAAAAAUGAAUUAAGCAUUAAAUUCCUUGACUUGGUAAAGUUUCAAAUAUCUGAUAAGUCUUGGGUACCUGAAGUAUACUGUUGUCACAUUAAAAAAUUUACUCUUGUUUCGUGUGGUUCGUGUAAUCAGUGCAUUAUUUGUUCUUUUGAUGAGUGUUUGGUCAGCUGAACAAACAUAUCAUAUAUUAUGUACUUUGUCUUUGGUUGGGGGAGGGGGGGUGAGUGCUGAGUAUUGGUCGCGUUUGUCACUUGACAAUUAAUUAUACAAGGAUUUGGCUUCUGAAUUUACAUUUAAGAAUUUUUAAUUUGUGGACAUGUUCCUUUCAACCCAAUAAUAAAUAUAAUCAGAAUGUAACUCUUGUGCCUGUUUGUCACUGCUCAUGACAUGUUUACUCUUCAUACUUUUUAAAAGUGAAUUAAAUGAACUAUUGGUCAGUAUUAUCUUUUACUUUAAGACCAGGGUAUGUUAAUUUGUUAUUAAUUAAUAAGUAUUCAAGAAAUGUUAGAUACAAAUGCGUUUUUUUUUGUAGGAAAAUAUUCUUUGACAUCUGAUACGCAUACUGUAUGCAAUCUUUGACAUUAAUUUUUGUGUAUUGUACAUGGUAGUGUGAGCUUUUGGCAGGGAUAUUGAUAAUCAAAAUAAAAUAUUAAUAGUAAAACACUAUUCUUUUAUUUCUGUAUGCUCCUCGCUAAAGGGGAAGCAUAUACUUGCCAUUUCCUCCGUCCGUCCAAAGUCCAAUUUUUUAUUCUUUUGGUUUUGUUAAAUGAUUUUCCCCAUUUAUUGGUCCAGCUUACUCGAUGUUCGUCGAUGCAGCAAGUGAAUCCCGCAAGAGAUCAGAAGAAGCACAUUUUGGUUUACAUGCAAAUAUUGUAAGGUUGUUCUUCUCUAAUGAUUUUUGAUGGAGUUAUUGUCUGGAUUCAAUUAGCGGAAUUUUAUUAAACUCUUUUGUUAACAUGUACUCAAUUGUAAUGAAGUUGUAUUUGUUCAGACUGAGGGUCCGUAAUCGUACGUAAGGCAGUGUCACCUAUAAGCCUAUUAUCAAUCUAGAGGCUUCGUUUUUCUAUCCUUUUUGAUGAAAUGCGGUCUUUAUGUUUAUCUAGAAAUAUCUAGGCCAGUAUUAAAUCUGGAUCACGUUCGUCCAAAAUCUAGGCCACCAGGUCAAAUCUGAGAAAACCUUGUUACGACUCUAGAAGCCACAUUAAUGACUGGAUCUUGCUAAAACUUGGUCAAUAAAAACAAUACCUAGACCAGUUUCAAAUCUGAGAAAAGCGGGGUCACUAUGUCAAGUGUUCGACAAUAUGUGUAGCUUGAAGUCAGAUAAGCGUUAAAAUGAUGAAACGUGGUCAUAAUGUUUAUCUCGAAAAUAUCUAGGCCAAGUUAAAAUCUUGCUCACGUUUGUUCACAAACUAGGCCACCAGGUCAAAGCUGAGGAAAAACCUUUAUAACCAUUCUAGAAGCCACAAUUAUGACAGGAUCGUUGUAAAACCGACUUUUUAGCUCACAGUGACAUGGUGAGCGUAUGUGACCGUGUGAUGUCCUGCGUCCGUUGUGUGUGCGUGCGUCUGUCAACAAUUUGUUUGUGUAGACAGUAGAGGUCAAAGUUUUCAUCCAAUCUUUAUAAAAUUUGGUCAGAAUGUUUAUCUUGAUCAAAUCUGGGUAUGGAUUAUAUUUGGAUCAUCUGGGGUCAAAAACUAGGUCACAUAAUAGGUCAAAUAAUAGAAAACCUUGUGUAGACAAUAGAGGUCACAGUUUUCAUCCAAUCUUUAUGACAUUUGGUCAGAAUGUUUAUCUUGAUGAAAUCUGAGUUGGGAAUGUAUUUGGGUCAUCUGGGGUCAAAAACUAGGUCACUAGGUAAAAUAAUUGAAAAAUCAUCAACAAUUUGUUUGUGUAGACAUUAGAGGUCACAGUUUUCAUCCAAUAUUUAUGAAAUUUGGUCAGAAUAUUUAUCUUGAUAAAAUCUGGGUUGGGAUCGUAUUUAGGUCAUCUGGGGUCAAAAACUAGGUCACUAUGUCAAAAUCUAGGUCAAAUAUUAGAAAAACCUUGUGUAGACAAUAGAGGUCGCAGUUUUCAUCCAAUCUUUAUGAAAUUUGGUCAGAAUGUUUAUCUUGAUGAAAUCUGGCUUGGAAAUGUAUAAGGGUCAUCUAGGGUCAAAAACUAGGUCACUAGGUAAAAGACUAGGUCAAAUAAUAGAAAAACCUUGUGUAGACAAUAGUGGUCGCAGUUUUCAUUCAAUUUUGAUGAAAUUUGGUCAGAAUGUAUAUCUUGAUGAUAUCUGGGUUGGGAUUGUAUUUGGGUCAUCUGAGGUCAAAAACUAGGUCACUAGGUCAAAAACUAGGUCACUAGGUGAACUAAUAGAAAAACCCUGUAUAGACAAUAGAGGUCGCAGUUUUCAUCCAAUCUUUAUGAAAUUUGGUUAGAAUGUUUAUCUUUAUGAUAUCUGGGGUGGGAUUGUAUUUGGGUCAUCUUGGGUCAAAAACUAGCCACUAGGUCAAACAAUAGGAAAACCUUGUGUAGACAAUAGAGGUCACAGUUUUCAUCCAAUCUUCAUGAAAUUUGGUCAGAAUGUUUGUCUUGAUGAAAUCUGGGUUGGGAUUGUAUUUGGGUCACCUGUGGUCAAAAACUAGGUCAUAGGUCAAAUAUUAGAAAAACCUUGUGUAGACAAUAGAGGUCACAGUUUUCAUCCAAUCUUUAUGAAAUUUGGUCAGAAUGUUUAUCUUGAUGAAAACUGGGUUGGGAUUGUUUUUGGUUAGUCAGGUGAGCGAUUAAGGGCCAUCAUGGCCCUCUAGUUUGGAGGUGUGGGUGAUGAAAACAAAGAAGACUUAUUAAAAAAAAAUCUUCAAAAUGACAUUAUAUCAACUAUAAUUAUAUGCUCGAUCAUAACAAUUGCGCAUAACAUUGGUGAACGUUGCUUGCAAAUACGUAUUUGAUUAUUUUUGUCAAAAAUAAGGUGAAAAACUAAGAACGAUAUACUCUAAUCUAACAAUAUUGACGUAAUUGGCAUUUACCCGAUAUUGGUACCUGUACAUGUGUAAAUGCUUAUACAAUUUGUUUGUUAAAGCUUAUACAACGUGUGUUUCAAUCUAACAAAAUAUACAAUUGUGUAUACUUAAUCAUGAUUAAAUUGUAUGAUGAUUAAAAAAAAAAAGAAC